GUGGCGGCGGCAACAUGGCGGACGUGCUAAGUGUCGGAGUGAACCUGGAGGCCUUUGCUCAGGCAAUCAGUGCCAUCCAGGCGCUGCGCUCCAGCGUGAGCAGGGUGUUCGACUGCCUGAAGGAUGGCAUGCGGAACAAGGAGACGCUGGAGGGCCGGGAGAAGGCCUUCAUUGCGCACUUCCAGGACAACUUGCAUUCGGUCAACCGGGACCUCAAUGAGCUGGAACGUCUGAGCAAUUUGGUAGGCAAGCCAUCUGAGAACCAUCCUCUCCAUAACAGUGGGCUGUUAAGCCUGGAUCCUGUGCAGGACAAAACUCCUCUCUAUAGUCAACUCCUGCAAGCAUAUAAAUGGUCAAACAAGUUGCAGUACCAUGCAGGUUUGGCGUCUGGCCUUUUGAAUCAACAGUCCUUGAAACGUUCUGCUAACCAGAUGGGAGUAUCUGCUAAACGUAGACCGAAGGCUCAGCCCACGACUCUUGUCUUACCACCUCAGUAUGUAGACGAUGUGAUCAGCCGCAUUGACAGGAUGUUUCCUGAAAUGUCCAUCCACUUAUCCAGGCCCAAUGGCACAUCAGCAAUGCUUCUGGUGACCUUGGGAAAGGUGUUGAAAGUGAUUGUUGUCAUGCGGAGCCUGUUCAUUGAUCGAACAAUAGUAAGGGGAUAUAGUGAAAAUGUCUACACAGAAGAUGGCAAGCUUGAUAUAUGGUCGAAAUCCAACUAUCAAGUAUUCCAGAAGGUGACAGACCAUGCCACCACUGCCCUGCUUCACUAUCAGCUGCCACAGAUGCCUGAUGUCGUGGUCAGAUCCUUCAUGACCUGGUUAAGAAGUUACAUAAAGCUGUUCCAGGCCCCGUGCCAACGCUGCGGGAAGUUUCUACAAGAUGGCCUUCCCCCGACGUGGAGGGAUUUCCGAACCCUCGAAGCCUUCCAUGACACCUGCCGGCAGUGACCAGCCCCAACCCCAGUCCUGCCUGCAGGCCCCACCCAGCACUUCCCAGACAAGCAGACCAAUGGCUCGGACUGUCCUCACUGCCCAGAUGCCAGUACCGCCACUCUGCCCCGUUUUCCUAGCAGCAAGUCGUAUGUUAAGGCCAAUCCUCUUGCAGAGCAGAUUCCAUCUUGUGUUGAUGGGACACAUUACACACUAUAACUGGUAUGUGGAAGGUAGAGAGGAACUUUAUAGAACUCAGAAUCAGGAAAAUUUGCAGCACGUCCUUGUAAGCAGCUGGCCAGUUGAUCCUCCUAGGUCUGUGUUCUAAAUCAUUUUCACGAGCCGUUAUCAUUUGAAAGAGCCCAUGUUCAUACAUAUUGUCAGGCUGGGUGUUUUGUUUUAUAACUUUUUUUUUUUUUUUAAUAAGCAGUAAACCUUUUAUAC